CAUCUUGGGUCCGUGAGGCUCCGAGGUGCCGGGGAGCGGCAUAACGUCGGCCGGCAGGGCGGAGGCUUAGGCGGAAAGCGAGCAGGAGAGGGGAAAGCAGCCGGGUUGUAGGCGCCUCCUUCACGGCUCCCUCCAUGGUCGGCGCCCGCAACCCGCGGCGGCCUGUCUUGCGGUCCAUCUCUUUCACAUCCCCCUGCGCCUCCUCCUCUUUUGGGUCUGCCGGCCGCUCUGUGUGGAGGCCCCGGGGCUGAGCUCCGCGGCGCGACGGGCGGGAGCGGCGGAGGAGACGACGGGGCUCUGGCCCGCGGGGCGCCCUGAGGCGCGGGGACGCUGACCGGCCGCCCCGCCCCCGCCGGGCUCCUGGCCGCGGCCGCCGGGGCAGGGAGAGAAUGAGCCCCGGGGCCCGCCGGGGCACGGCCCGGGCCAGGCCCCGGAUCUAGAACUAGGCCGGGGAGGGCAGCCCUGUCCGUGUCGCCGCGGUGGGGCCGGACACUCGCGGCCGCUGCUCGCCGGCUGCCCAGGUUUGGCGGUUUUUUUUUUCUUUCGCGCUCACGUUGUGCAGAAUCAAAGCGCAGUAAGAUGUCCACUAGGACCCCCUUGCCAACGGUGAAUGAACGAGACACUGAAAACCACACCUCACAUGGAGAUGGGAGGCAAGAAGUUACCUCCCGCACUGGGCGCUCUGGAGCUCGGUGUAGAAACUCCAUAGCUUCCUGUGCAGAUGAACAACCUCACAUCGGAAACUACAGACUGUUGAAAACAAUCGGCAAGGGGAACUUUGCAAAAGUGAAAUUGGCAAGACACAUCCUUACAGGCAGAGAGGUUGCAAUAAAAAUAAUUGACAAAACUCAGUUGAAUCCAACAAGUCUACAAAAGCUCUUCAGAGAAGUAAGAAUAAUGAAGAUUUUAAAUCAUCCAAACAUAGUGAAGUUGUUUGAAGUCAUUGAAACUGAAAAAACACUCUACUUAAUCAUGGAAUAUGCAAGUGGAGGUGAAGUAUUUGACUAUUUGGUUGCACAUGGACGAAUGAAGGAAAAAGAAGCAAGAGCUAAAUUUAGACAGAUUGUGUCUGCAGUACAAUAUUGCCACCAAAAGCGGAUCGUUCACAGAGACCUCAAGGCUGAAAAUCUAUUGUUAGAUGCGGAUAUGAACAUUAAAAUAGCAGAUUUUGGUUUUAGCAAUGAAUUUACUGUUGGCAGUAAACUAGACACAUUUUGUGGUAGUCCUCCAUAUGCAGCCCCAGAGCUCUUCCAGGGCAAGAAGUAUGACGGGCCAGAAGUCGAUGUGUGGAGUCUUGGCGUCAUUCUGUACACCCUUGUCAGUGGGUCACUUCCCUUUGACGGGCAAAACCUGAAGGAACUGAGAGAGAGAGUAUUACGAGGGAAAUACAGAAUCCCUUUCUACAUGUCCACAGACUGUGAAAACCUUCUCAAACGUUUCCUGGUGCUGAACCCUGUUAAACGUGGCACUCUGGAGCAAAUCAUGAAGGACAGAUGGAUCAAUGCAGGGCAUGAGGAAGAUGAGCUUAAGCCAUUCGUCGAACCAGAACUAGACAUCUCAGACCAGAAAAGAAUAGAUAUUAUGGUGGGAAUGGGAUACUCACAAGAAGAAAUUCAAGAAUCUCUUAGUAAAAUGAAAUAUGAUGAAAUCACAGCUACGUAUUUGUUGUUGGGAAGAAAAUCUUCAGAGCUGGACGCUAGUGACUCCAGUUCUAGCAGCAACCUUUCACUUGCUAAAGUGCGGCCAAGCAGUGACCUCAGCAAUAGCACUGGCCAGUCUCCUCACCACAAAGUACAGAGAAGCGUUUCUUCAAGCCAAAAGCAGAGACGGUACAGUGACCAUGCUGGACCAGCUAUACCUUCAGUUGUGGUAUAUCCAAAGAGGAGUCAGACCAGCACCGCAGAUAGUGACCUCAAAGAAGAUGGAAUUCCCUCCCGGAAACCAAGUGGCAGUGCUGUAGGAGGAAAAGGAAUUGCUCCUGCCAGUCCCAUGCUUGGGAAUGCAAGUAAUCCCAAUAAGGCAGAUAUUCCUGAACGCAAGAAGAGCCCUGCUGUCCCCAGUAGUAACACAGCAUCUGGUGGAAUGACGCGCCGAAAUACUUACGUUUGCAGUGAGAGAACUACAGCCGACAGACAUUCAGUGAUUCAGAAUGGCAAAGAAAACAGCACUAUUCCUGAUCAGAGAACUCCAGUUGCUUCCACCCACAGUAUUAGUAGUGCGACUACCCCUGAUCGCAUCCGCUUCCCAAGAGGCACAGCCAGUCGUAGCACUUUCCAUGGCCAGCCCCGGGAGCGGCGAACUGCAACAUAUAAUGGCCCGCCUGCUUCGCCCAGCCUGUCCCACGAAGCCACACCAUUGUCCCAGACUCGAAGCCGAGGCUCCACUAAUCUUUUUAGUAAAUUAACUUCAAAACUCACAAGGAGAAACAUGUCAUUCAGGUUUAUCAAAAGUCGCAAUGUAUCUUCUGAGCAAAAGGAUGAAAACAAAGAAGCGAAACCUCGCUCUCUGCGCUUCACCUGGAGCAUGAAAACCACUAGUUCCAUGGAUCCCAGUGACAUGAUGCGGGAAAUCCGCAAAGUGCUAGACGCCAACAACUGCGACUACGAGCAGAGGGAGCGCUUCCUGCUCUUCUGCGUCCACGGCGACGGACAUGCGGAGAACCUGGUGCAGUGGGAAAUGGAAGUCUGUAAGCUGCCAAGACUGUCUCUGAACGGAGUCCGGUUUAAACGGAUAUCAGGGACAUCCAUAGCUUUCAAAAAUAUUGCUUCCAAAAUUGCCAAUGAGCUAAAGCUGUAAUCCAGUAAUUAUGGUGUAAAUUAAGUAGCAAUUUAAAGUGUUUUCCUAAACACUGAUGGAAAUGUAUAGAGUAAUAUUUAGGCAAUAACGGUCUGCAUCUUCUAAAUCAUGACAUUUAAAGCCUGAGGACGAGAGCACACCUGGGAGCGAAAGCUGGCCUUUUCUACGAAUGCACUACAUUAAAGUCGUGUGACCCUUGCCUCUGUCUUGUUUCCAUUGCCCUGGGAGUCAGCGCAUGGCACCAUCUGCACGUGCCUCCUGUGUGUGGUGUGAGUGGACGGUGUGUGUGGGAAGUAGUGUGUGCUGAACCAUCUCCUGACACUGGCAGCCAGCAUUGUUACUAGUACCUCUCUGGGAGAUCAUUUGGUGCUAAAACAUUAAAAAAUUGCCAAGGAAGAAAAUAUUGAAUUACUGCUAAGAAUUAACCUUAUGACUAGCUGAUGAUACAGGUUUACAGUUCAUGCCUGUGGUUUUGUGUUGUUUCGUGUUUUUUUAGUGCAAAAGGUUUAAAUUUAUAGUUGUGAACAUUGCUUGUGUGUUUUUCUAAGUAGAUUCACAGAUAAUUAAAAAUUCACUUUUUCUCAGUAAAUCUUGCAUUGUCUCCUAAUGCUGUGUUUAAAACGUAGCCUAAGGUAGCUCCUAAGGCAUGUUGGUUACCUCCAUCAUCAAGCUGAACAGAAGCAAAGGAAUGUGUUUGUAAACUCAGAGCCACUUGGUCCUCUGCGUGAAUUCCAGCCUUUUGGAUCACCAGCAUCUUUUCUUCCCAGCCGUUCUGUUGCCCUGAGGAGGGAGAGCAUCAGGUGGCUCAAGCCAGGAACCGCACUUGCCAGGCCUUGACACUUGUGGGUUGAGCUUUUCGUGCAGUGUUCCUCUCUCCUCCUUUAUGAUCCACACACAAUCAGACAUUUAGCUUUUUUCCAACACCUACAUAGUUAUGU